UCCUGGCUUUUCUGUGCACUGCCUCACCUGGAUGCUGCUAGAACAAUCCUUUGUUGGUGAAGGGAGGGGGGGGGUAGUAUUGGAACGAAUCGUGUACUGUGAUGUUUUUGGAUUACAUCACUGUAGUCGUCAGAGGGUGUUCAGUCUGAUCAGGCAAGAAAAGCAGCAUCAACCCGGGGUCCUUCCUCACCGCUGGUAGACAUUUGCAAGACUUUGCAGAAACUCCGAGAAGAAACACAUCCACAUCCACGCCACAGUAUCGAAGACUCUGAACGCACCAACUGCAGGACGACUAUCAGCAACAUGACACAGGGCAAGCUCUCACUUGCGAAUAAGACCAACAAUGACCCCACCUGUGGACAAGUUUUGGUGUACGCCAUCCUGAUGAUCCCUUUGGUCACUCUUGCUAUUGUUGCUCUUUUCACAUUCUGUGAUCCGGUGAAGGACUACAUUCAAACCAAUCCAGGGUGGUACUGGGCCUCUUACGCUGUGUUCUUUGUAACAUACUUGACUCUAUCUUGCUGCUCAGCACCCAGGAGACAGUUUCCAUGGAAUCUGAUCCUGUUGGCCAUCUUUACCCUCUUCUCCUACAUGACAGGGAUGUUGUCCAGCUUCUAUAACACCAAGUCAGUGGUGAUGUGUCUCGGCAUCACAGCAGCAGUCUGUCUCCUCGUCACAGUCUUCAGCUUCCAAACUAAGAUUGACGUGACAUCCUACCAAGGCGUGCUCUUCGUCUUCUGCAUGGUCAUGUUCAUCUCUGGAUUAGUGCUGGCAAUCGUCCUUCCCUUCCAAUAUGUACCUUGGUUGGAUGCCACCUAUUGCACCUUGGGAGCCAUACUUUUUACCAUGUUUUUGGUGUUUGACACCCAGCUGCAUGGGAACAAGCGUUACACCAUGAGUCCAGAGGAGUAUGUCUUCGCCACUCUCAACAUCUACCUGGACGUUAUCUACAUCUUCUCAUUCUUCCUCAGAUUUUUUGGUACAAAAGAGAUGAAGUACCACAUGAUGUUUCUGUUUAACAAAUAAAGAAGCACCUGUAUGCACACUGAAUUCAGGUGAACACAAGUCUUUAACAUUUUGGUGAUUGUAGUGACUUUGAUUUCAAUAGCAAAUCUUUUUUUUUGCCUGAUAAUGUCUGAUCUCUUCUACAGAUAUACAUGUACAUAGAUGUAUGUCAGAACUUGAAUCAAAGAUGUCUCAUAAUCUUGCUCCUUACUCUAGCAUGUACGGACCUGUAACAAAUGAGGUUAUAUGAGCUUUAUGAGCCAGAAACAUUCAGUAUUUGUGAUUGUUGACCAUUUAACAUAACACACACUGUGUACAUCUGAAACUGUAAGGAUACUUAUAUCCAUGCCUGCAUAGGUAUCACAAACCCCGUCCCAGCAAUUAGAUGUCAGUGCUCCUUAAGAUGUGCAGCUAUCUGCCUGAUUCUAUCAAAGCCCUAACAAGGCAAUCACUUUCAUCACAUCCAAGGAUGUUGCUGUGGGUGUUGAUUCAGUGACUGAAAGCACAAAUGAAAUAUUAGCUGUAGAAACUUUCUUAGAUUUCCACUGUCAACAUCAUAUCCACAAUUAAUACUGCUCUAUGCAUUGGAAAGCAAAACAAACAAAUGUAGAUCAGCAAUACAGCAACAUGUAUUUGGCUUUCAGGACACAAAAAAGAUUAUUUUCAGAGUGGAUAUGUUUGCAUUUGUAAGUGUUUGUAUUCACAUUCAUUAACAUACUUAGGUUUCUGAUCCAUUUAGCUAUAAAGCAACUUUUCAUUGCGCUCAAUGUUUUGUGUUCUGGGUAUUAUACCAUUUCACCAAACGUGGUGUCUGUUUGGAAGAUAUCUGAAAUGUUGUGUGUGAUACGGUAAUGCAAUGUAUGAUUUAAACCAUUUUAGUUUACUUAAGUGGUGAUUAUGGUAUUUAAUAAUAACUGUACAGUGCCAUACUUGCAUGGAUUUCCUGUGACUUUUGAUAAAGCGUGCUGGGAGGGAUUUGAAAGCUAUACAAUGUUUCAUGACAUUUAAAGUUUAUUUUUCUAUGACAGAGUGAUACAUUUAACAAAGAGUGUAAUAUAAAGUGGUUACAUCUUAUGAAGUGGCCUUGUUUACUUUAUUAUAUUAAUUUGCCCUAUAUUUAUGCACUUUAUGGUUUUAAAAGCACCCUGCAUAAUACGAUAUUGGUGUUACUGUAACCUACUUAUUUAAUAAAGGAUGAAUUUGUAUGAGUGCA